UUAGUAAGCACAAGAGAUGAAUCAACCGAUAAUUCUAAGAAUAAACAUUUGAAGUAGAGAAUACGUAAGAUCGUCGUCGUCGUCGUCGUCGUCGUCGUCGUCGUCGUCGUCGUCAUCGUGAAAUAUUUUCUUUAUUUAUUUUCUUUUUCUUUCGUAAAAAUUAUGAAAUCGAAUCCAACCGGUUUCGGUUGAAUGCAAUAUGAACAUGAUUUUGUCGCGCGCACGUGCGUUAUAUCCUAUACGUAUACUUGUCAUUUAAGGUUUGUGAGAACGUAACCUUGAAACGGCCACCCUCGAAGCGCAAGUUCAGUCGCCGCGGGUGAAACUGACUUUUUUUUUUGCUUUGCGUUCGCGUGUGCCUGAAAGAGAAGUCAAGCGAGGAUAAUUUUUACGUUGGAUUAUACGAAAAAGGGUGUAAAUUAUUUAUUCGAAGAUAAAAAAAAAAUGUUGUGUUAAGAUAUCACGUACUAUUAUUAUAUACUUAGAAUUAAUUCAUAAAGAAGGAGUAUUAUUAUAAACGGAUUGAUAAGUCUUGACUGAGUCUAAAGACAUUUUAUAGGUUAUGACUCUUAGGAGGAUGAAUAAUAAGUAUAUUAACAAAAUGUCAAUCGAAAGAAUUUAAACGGCGAAAGAUUCGUCUUUAGAUCCACGAUAAAUUUCUAUUAGCAAAGAUGGUGCAACGUGUGGUGACACCGAAACGUAGCGUUAGAAUUUUGUUAAUUGGUGAACGCGGCGUUGGUAAAACAUCAUUGAUAUUAUCCCUUGUGAGCGAAGAAUAUGCUGAGGAUGUACCUAGCAAAGCCGAGGAGAUCACUAUACCUGCCGAUGUAACUCCUGAACAAGUACCGACUCACAUCGUUGAUUAUUCUGCUGCCGAACAAACGGAUGAUCAAUUGGCAGAGGAAAUACAAAAAGCUCAUGUAAUAUGUGUAGUUUAUUCCGUUGAGGAUGAAGAUACUCUUGAUAAAGCAGCUACGUAUUGGUUACCUCUUAUCAGACGAUGUUCCACCAGUACCAGAUGUCCAGUCGUCCUUGUUGGAAACAAAAUUGAUUUGGUUGAUUAUUCUACUAUUGAGGCCGUUUAUCCUAUAAUGAAAGAAUUUUCAGAAAUUGAAAGUUGUAUAGAGUGUUCAGCUAAAACAUUACAAAAUGUAUCUGAGACAUUUUAUUAUGCACAAAAAGCUGUCCUGCAUCCAACUACUCCUCUUUAUAAUUAUGAUAUCCAAGAGCUUACAGAAGAAUGUAAAACCGCUCUUCAAAGAAUUUUUAAGAUAUGUGAUUUAGACAAUGAUGGCCUGUUAAAUGAUAUGGAGUUAAAUGCAUUUCAACAGUGGUGUUUUAAUACCCCGUUACAGCCACAAGUACUUGAAGAUGUAAAAGCUGUAUUGUCAAAAAAUAUUCACGAUGGAAUUUGUAAUGGUUGUGUAACUAUGAAAGGUUUCAUGUAUCUCCAAUGCUUAUUUAUUCAACGUGGAAGAAAUGAAACAACAUGGGCUGUAUUACGAAAAUUUGGCUACGAUAAUGAACUACAAAUGUCUAAGGAUUAUGUACAUCCACCAUUGAAAGUUCCUUCUGGUUGCACAACUGAAUUAUCGCACAAGGGACAAGAGUUUUUAACAUUAUUAUUUAUGCAACAUGAUCGUGAUCGUGAUGGGGCUUUAUCUCCACCAGAAGUAGAUUCAUUAUUUUCACGCUGUUUGAAUCCACCGUGGGGAGAUGAAUAUAAGCACACAGUGCCAACUAAUGAAAAAGGUUGGAUUACAUUUCAAGGCUACAUGUGUCAAUGGGCAUUAUUGACAAUUACAAAUGUUAAAAAAACAUUAGAAUAUAUGGCAUACCUUGGAUAUAAUAUGUAUAAUAAUGAAUGUCAAACAAGCGCUGUUUUAGUUACUCGUGAGAAAAAAUUAGAUUUAGCAAAGAAACAGUCCAGUCGAAAUGUUUACACGUGUCAUGUAAUUGGUCAAAAAAAUAGUGGUAAAACGACUCUUUGCAGAAGUUUUGUGGAUCCUAAAUUGGAGAAAUUAACAGAUGCAAUAAUACCUUUAACUGCUCAUGUUACUGUCAACACGGUUCAUGUAUAUGGUCAAGAAAAGACAAUAAUUUUAAAGGAUAUAAAUAUAUUAAAUGUCCAGGAUGCUUUAACACCUACACAAAUACAAUGUGAUGCUGCAGCUCUUGUUUACGAUACAGCCAAUCCUAAAUCAUUUGAAUAUAUUGCACGAAUUUAUAUUAAAUACUUCGCAGAUAGUAAAAUACCAGUUUUAAUAAUAGCUAACAAAAGUGAUCUUGCUGAAGUAAAGCAAGAAUAUUUACUUCAACCAACAAGUUUUUGCAGUAAGUACAAGUUGAUGCCACCACAACCUUAUAGUGUGUCUAGGGCUGUGCGACGAGAAAUAUUUGUCAAAUUAGCAACAAUGGCAGCAUUUCCCCGCUUUCAACCAGCGUGGGUAUUAUUUUAUAGACACAGCCCUUUGAGGCGUAUGGUCCACAUGUUGUUUGUCAAACCCUCACCCACUCAAUGGUGGAGUUCUUUUACAAGACAUUUAAAUCAAUUUGGCCUGAUACAACAGGAUUCUGUAGUUUGGUGGAAAGCCGGUUUGGGAAUCGCAGCAGCCACAGUUGCUGGCUUCAUGGUGAUGCGUGUCCUAAAUACAGAAAAAAGAUAGUCUACCAUAUGUUUUUGUUCGCACAUUUAACUGCCCCCUUUGUUCAAAAGAAAACCCAUCUCAAGAAGCGCAUUAAGUUAAUAAAAUAUGUUCAUAAAUCAUUA